GCAAGCACUCUACCGACCCCACUAGAGCUUCCAGGUCCGAUAAGAAAUUUAUGCUGUUGAGACAUGGAAAUAACUCUUAUCACGAUAAUCCAGACUUUUGAGCUCUACCAUCAUCCACCCCUCCAGCGCAUCGCCGACAGAAAGACCAUUUGAAUCGACGCUCACAUCUUAGGCGCCUACGGGCCUUGUGCCUGCCCUUCUCAUAUUAAAAAAAAUGCUCUACGAUCUCAAUAUCGCGUGGACACCCCACACGAAGCCCGCCGACCUUGAGCGCACGCUGUGUUUCAGCGCGUCGCUGGGCUACGAUGUUGUAGCAGUCAAUCACACGAUCGGGGGACAAAUACCCGCCAACAUAACGAAGAACACGCUCCCGAGCUUUGAGUUGCCCGCCUCCUCAUCUACUUCCAAACCUAAACUCCCCACCGUUCUCCGCCGUGCAACCGUCGUCUUGACGGAGCCGGCGCAACACCACCGUCUACCACAGCUCGCCUCCGCAUACGACAUCCUCGCUGUCCGCCCACAGACCGAUGAUGCCUUCUCGGCCGCCUGCCAGAGCCUGAAUGAUAUAUCUAUAAUAUCGCUGGACAUGACGGUCCGACAGCCCUUUACGUUCCGUCCGAAACCGUGCAUGUUCGCCGUGAGUCGCGGGAUCCGCUUUGAAGUGUGCUAUUCACAGGUCCUCCAAGGGCCCGUUCCCGCACAUGUUCUCGGACCUAAGGGAAACAAGGACUGGAACAGCGGCUACACCGGGGCUGCUGACGCCCGUGCUCGUGCAGCUUUCAUUGGCAACGUAACAUCGCUAAUCCGCGCAACUCGGGGUCGUGGGAUCGUCAUAAGUAGCGAGGCACAGUCCGUGCUGGGCUUGCGUGGGCCCGCCGACGUUAUGAACCUGCUUCACGUGUGGGGAUUACCGACGGACCGCGCCAAAGAGGGUCUAAGUGUGCUGCCGCGAAGCGUUGUCGUUAACGAAGGCCUCAAGCGCAGCGGCUUCCGAGGAGUCAUUGACAUUAUUAAUUCCGCGGAUCCUGUACAGGCCGAUUUCGAGAUGGCUGAGGCUGACAAUGAUAAGACUGAAACUGCUGCUGGGAAUCCUCAGGGCAAAAAGGGAAAGAAGAAUCAGAAUCAAGAAAGCAAUAAGAAAAGAAAGAAUGGUGAUGACGCUGAAACGCCUGGUGCUGGAGGUGAUGGCGAAGGUCAACCGAUAAGUAAACGCCAGGAGAAAAGGUUAAAAGCUGCCAUGCGGAAAAAACAAGCAGAGACUGGAAUAGCUGAUGUGUAAAAUCCUAUUUUGAGUUGCAGGAUUCGGCGUUUCGGGCAAGAAGGGGAACUUAGACUAAAUGAUACCCUUUCAAUAUACUUGUUGCUUCAAGAUGAAUAUUAAUUGUUUCCCAC